AGGACAGCCAUUGCUGUGUCGUGGCUCUGUAACAAAACACGAAGGUAUAGAGGAAGACGCAAAUUGCGGACUCUCAUUUCACCAGAAGGCCGAUUUUCAUGAUUUUAAGAGAAAACAUAUUUAGUCAAUUGAUAUACACUUAGAUAGCUAACGGGAUACACCAGCUCCGGAUAUGUCCUUCAUAUUUGAUUGGAUUUAUAGUGGUUUCAGUAGCGUAUUGCAGUUUCUAGGACUGUACAAGAAAUCGGGCAAGUUAGUAUUUCUUGGACUGGACAAUGCUGGCAAGACAACGCUACUGCACAUGCUCAAAGAUGACAGAUUGGGACAGCAUGUGCCAACUUUACAUCCAACCUCGGAAGAGCUGACGAUUGCUGGCAUGACCUUCACCACCUUUGACCUUGGAGGCCAUGCACAAGCUCGCAGAGUGUGGAAAAACUACCUCCCCGCCAUCAACGGCAUCGUCUUCCUUGUGGAUUGCUUGGACAUCCCGAGAUUGGCCGAGUCCAAAACAGAACUUGAUGCACUAAUGACAGAUGAGACCAUUGGAAACGUGCCGAUCCUGGUCCUUGGCAACAAGAUUGACAGACACGAAGCCAUCAGCGAGGAGAGACUGCGUGAGCUGUUUGGAUUGUAUGGACAGACAACGGGCAAGGGCAACAUUCCCAUGAAGGAGUUGAACACGAGACCACUGGAGUUGUUCAUGUGCAGCGUGCUGAAGAGGCAGGGCUACGGGGAGGGCUUCCGCUGGCUCUCCCAGUACAUCGACUAGAACCCCGGCAGGAGGAGGCGCGACAGGGAGACUCCCCACUUCUACCACCACCACACUCAGUCCCAUGUUUGGUUUAUAAAGUCUGCCUCCACUAUCAGAAAAAAACAGUACAACUUGAACCCAAUAGACUUUUAUUGGUCUCCGGAACAUUUUUUUGUGUGGCUUUUUCUUCCUUUACUCUCUUUUUCUAAGAGAAUUAACAUAGCAUUGAUUCUGCAGAACCGUUGAAAAAAAUUCUAACUGAUGAAUCUUUUCUAUUUUGUUUCUUCUGUCUUUUCGCCUCCCCCGUGACAUCUGUUGGUGUGGUAGAAUGCAUUCUAACUCUAAAUCUGUAAAUUCAUCUAAUGGUAUAGGCCCACCGUACCCUUCCGACACAUUUUGAGCAGUGAGACAGAGCUGAGUAGUUGUACACGUCACAAUACAUAUUUUUUUAAACUUGAAAGAAAACAUGCAGAUGUGACUUGUGUUUAAUCAUGUUUCAUUCAUUUGUUUCUUCAUCCUAUAUAUAUUUUUUUACAUUAUUUCAGUAAACAUAGAAAGAAAUGUAGACCGCAGUACUCGCCCUUCUGUGGCUCUGUCAUACUCUUACAAUACAGAGCCCUGCAUUGAUCUACAUUAAUGUAUUGGGGGAAAAGUUAAAUUCCUUAAGAUGUCACUUAAUGGCAUUUCAAGAUCACAUUUCAUCAACACUGCAAUGACUAUUCCCAGGCUCCAAGACCUCUCGUGGUCCUCAUGCAUGGUGUGAGAAGAUAGUAGAAAGGACCAUGGACAACAAUGGGAAGGUACAUUUUAAUUCAGAAGAAGGAAAAGGAAAGUAACUAUUGGCUAUAUAACCAUCUCUGAGUCUGGUUCGAAGUUGAAAUUGUUAGCUAGCAGACAAGAUCAGAAAGAUAUUUAACUGUGAAUUAAAUGAUUGAAAAUAACAUGCAGUAAAAAGUGGUUGGUUUCAUGUAACAUCUAGUAGUUGUCAAUGUUAUAAAGCCAUUUUACUGAUGAGUUCCCUGAGCAGACACGAACAGGAUGAAUAUAUUGACCAAGUAAGAUAUGAGGAAUAGUUCAUGAGUGGGAAUGGAUAGGCAUAUGAAAACCUAUAAGAAAGAUUUAGAUUUGUUUUAUAUAAGCGGUUUCCUUGAUCAAUGUGCUUUAUAUAAAAAAAACUAUUAAGCAUGCCUUGUUCUUUGAUUUUGAAUGUUCAUCUACAGAAGUACAACACGAGGGUGGAAAUGCCAAAUUACAAUGUUGAGAAUUGAGUGCUUAUCUCAAAACGUGUUUUUUUCUUCUUCAGAACCAUAAUUGAAUGGCGCAUAAUUUUGUUUUGUUCUGUCCCUUUGCGUCUCUUUAAUCUCUCGUAUUCCAUGAGCUGUUCCGAUAAGAGAGAGACUCUGUUUGCAUCAUAAAUUGUAAUAAAUGUUUGCAAUGAAUAACAGGUUAA